GAAUGACAAGUGAAGUUGAUCAAAAAUACGUUCUGAAUAUUCUGGUAGUCUGUGCCGACAACAUUCUUUCUCUGUCAAAAUGGCUGCCGCGCAAGAGGCGAGACGUGAACCUAUUCAGGCCGUCCAAGUAUUCGGACGCAAGAAAACAGCCACCGCCGUAGCGUACUGUAAACGCGGUCGUGGAGUCCUUCGAGUCAAUGGUCGUCCCCUCGACUUAGUGGAGCCCCGUCUGCUCCAAUACAAACUUCAAGAACCAAUCCUGUUACUGGGAAAGGAAAAGUUCUCUGGCGUAGACAUCAGAGUAACUGUGAAGGGUGGUGGUCAUGUCGCUCAAGUUUAUGCCAUCAGACAAGCCAUCUCCAAAGCACUAAUAGCUUUCUACCAGAAAUUUGUCGACGAGGCGUCAAAGAAGGAAAUCAAAGAUAUCCUAGUUCAGUACGACAGGAGUUUGCUGGUCGCUGACCCGAGGCGCUGCGAGCCGAAGAAAUUCGGUGGACCGGGAGCUCGGGCCAGAUACCAGAAAUCAUACCGUUAAACUUCUUUCAUAUACUUGGUGUUACCACACUGGUUAUAUGCUGAUCAGUGUGGUCACAUUAGGUUUGGAAUAAAAAAAAAUAAAAAAUUG